AUGGAUUUCGAUCUAGCUUUAAGAGAUAAUGAACCAGCCAAGCCUACUGAAGAUACAACUACAGAAAAGAAGAAUGAGUAUGAGAAGUGGAAUAAGGUUAAUAGAAUGGCGUUGUUGGUAAUCAAAAGAUCAACGUCUGAUCUAGUUCGAGGAGCAAUCAUUGAAUUAGAUAAUGCUAAGGCAUACCUUGACUCCAUUGAAACAAAGUUCAAGGAAUCUGAGAAGGCAGAAACUGGAACACUCAUGAACACUCUUAUAACCACUAAAUACCUUGGUGGUGGUGUGAGAGAGCACAUUCUCUCAAUGGUUGAUGCAGCUGCAAAGCUCAAUGCACUUAACAUCAAAAUAGAUGACGUGCAUCUUGCCCUCAAUUCCUUAUCUCUCGAUGCUACAAUUCAUGUGACAAACUCAUUACAGGGGUACAUUAGUAAGAAGGUGCCAAACAAGGAUGAGGUGUCAAAGUUUGUGGGCAAUGAAGCUACAGUUGUUGUGGAGUAG